UUCGGCACCAAAGUGACGUAAACAAUGCGGCUUUCUCUCCUCUCGUUACACGUGUUCUCGCGUCUCCCUCACCUGCGCUUUUAUUCCCCUCAUCUUCGUAGACUGUACAGGAUGGAGGACAGGAAGGUGGUAGUGACGCACGACGAGGAAUCCAUGACGGUGGGGCUUUCAUUUAGGUUCCAGCACUGUAAUGUAGACAGAACGUUUAACUUGAAGCGUUCCAGCGAGGAAGGCCUGAGCAGUGUAUUGACGAGGAUCAGCGGCAAUAUACAGAAGGUCCUGGACAAGAAGAAGAAAAGGAACGAAGACCCCGCCCCCGUUGUUCCCAUUGAUAUAAAGACACAUGCAGGAGAGAGUGUGAACAAGGAUAUGAGUUGCUAUGAGUGCUUCGUGGCUCAGGCAGAUCACCACUUCUUGGAUAUUGGUGAAAAGUCAUAUAGUCUAGAUGUGAAUCCCCCCAUAGUUAAAGUUCUAGAGCUCCCCAAGAACAUCAUGGCAGGCUUCCCUCUCCAUCCCAGCAAGUUAGAAAUGACCAAUGGAGUGAAUGAGGACAGUUCAUUCACGUGGUACAAGAGUGAUGUGAAGUUCAAUAGUAUAGAGGAGACCAAGUCCCAGAUGAACAAGAUCAAGUGGGUAGAGAUGGCUACCGGAUACACAUGUUUCACCGAUAAUGAUGAUGUUGGAAGGUUAUUGAAGGUUGUGAUGAGUCCCAGACGAGGUGAGCGCUGUGGGGAGGACACAGAGGCAAUAGCGUCUGUGUUGGUGUCUGCUGGGCCUGGUCUGUGCCCCUUUGAACGGCGCCACAAAGUCACCAAGAAACCGACAGGGCAGAAUUGUUUGCGUGUGAUCUCGUACAACAUUUUGGCUGACCAGUAUGCAGACAGUGAGUUUGCCCGCAGCAACCUCUUCCCCUCCUGCCCAUCUUAUGCCAUUGAUGUGGACUACAGAAAACAGCUCCUCAUUAAAGAAAUCUUAGGUUACAAUGGGGAUUUGAUCUGUCUUCAAGAAGUUGAUGAAAAGGUCUUUAUGCAUGGUCUUCAAGGUGCAUUAAGGAAGGAAGGUCUUGAGGGUGUGUAUGCAGCCAAGGGUGGAACAGUCACUGAAGGUGUGGCUCUCUUCUAUCGGCUCACCAAACUAAGAUUAUUGGAGACUCAGCGCUUCAUCCUGAGUAAAGAGCUGCAGAGCAGUGUAUUAUUUGCUGAGAUAUGGAAACAGAUACAGUGUUCUGAAGACCUCAAGGAGAAAGUUGUCUCUCGCUUUACUUGUCUGCAGGUUAGUGUGCUGGAGAGUACGGAGAAUCCCAAGCAGUUGGUGGUGGUUGGGGUGACUCAUCUCUAUUUCAGUCCUGAGGCAGAUCAUAUCCGUCUCCUGCAGGCGGGUAUAGGUCUCCAGAUCUUACAGCAAGUAAUGGCUCUCUAUCAGAACAAGUAUCCAGAGAAAGAAGUGUCAAUGCUCUUCGCAGGGGAUUUCAACAGUACUCCAGAGUUUGAUGUGUAUCGCCUUAUGACCUCUCAGAUGGCAAGCUUUGAUGACAUCGACUGGUCUGACAAGGAAAAUGAGCGUGUGUCAGGUGUCAGCUUUAGCCACGACCUUGAGCUGGCCAGUGCAUGUGGCUGCCCACCUUAUACCAAUUACACCAAAGACUUUUAUGGCUGCCUUGACUACAUCUACUACCAAACAGACAAAUUUUCAGUCAAGCAAGUCGUGGAACUGCCAAGCCAUGAGGAGGUGACGCAACACGAGUUCCUCCCCAGCAUCACCAUUCCAUCAGAUCAUCUUGCUAUUAUAGCGGACUUAGAAUUUAAAAAGAAAUAGUGCUAGGGUACAGGGGAAUAAAAAUACUUUGAACAAGCUUCUGAGCUUUAAAGUUUGUUGAUAUGUGUCACUUUCAUUUCAUAUUUUUUUAAGUGGGAUUUUUAAGGUGUGUCACUUGUUCACUGUUAUUUAUGAGGAAUUUAAGUUAUGAUUCAGGGACUUAAUAUUUGAUCUACAAGUAGAAAGGAAAACUAAGAGAUGGAGAUAAAUAUAUACAUAUAUGUAUUU